AAUGGAAAAAUGGUUUGCAAUUACAGAUAGGUGAAAAUUCAUUUAGCUUUGAAUUUACAUUGUACUCUUUUUUUUUUUUUUUCUAAUUGAAGGUGGUAUAAUUGUAGAUACGGUUUUCUAGAAGAAAAGAAUUCUACAGCAAAUACACAAUAUAAGGAAAAAGAAAUAGAACGAGCAAAAAAAUGGGCAAGAAUGUCAUCACGUGUCAUGAUUCACGGUGAACCUGCUCAUAAAUUCACAUUUAAUUAUAAAUUCAAGAAAAGAGUUUUCAAAGGCAUUCCAGAUUGUUGGAGAAGGGAUGCCUGGUAUUACUUGAUCACUGAUUGUCUAAGAAAUGCAACCAAGGAUCAUAAACUAAAAGCCACUUAUCAAAAGCUACUUUUAAAAGAAAGCCCUCAUGAACGACAGAUUGAUUUAGAUAUACCGAGGACAUUAAGAGAUCAUAUUAUGUUCAAACAACGAUACGGUUCAGGACAAAGAGCUUUGUUCAAUGUACUUCGGGCUUUUGCUAAUUAUGAUGAAGAAGUAGGCUAUUGUCAGGGAAUGACGAAUAUUGUAGCGACUAUAUUAAUGUAUUGCGAGGAAGAGAAAGCAUUUUUAGUUUUGGUCCAUAUGUUCCUAAGGGAUCAGUUACAUAAUUUAUUUAUUCCUGGAUUCCCUACUUUAAUAGAAAAUUUUUAUAUUCAAGAGGCUUUAUUACAACAAUAUCUUCCUAAACUAUACAAGCAUUUGGCUUGUCCAGCGAUAUUUAUUCAACAAGAUGGUAUAUUACAUUAUUUUCAGGCGGUGUAAUUAAUUACCAUACACUUGUAAGAAUAUGGGAUGCAUAUUUUCUUUGUGGAUAUGAUGUAUUUUUCUUUGUAGCAGUUGCUUUACUAAAAUCUUACGAAGAUCACUUGCUAGCUGCUGAUC